CAACCAAUCACAGGCCACUGAGCUCUCUCUCUCUCCAUCCCUCUUCCAGCUCCAGAAUCCGGCGUUCACAGGCAGAUCUCACGAUAGCAGUCGCCGUUGAUUGAUUCAAGCUAGACUGCAAGAUUAAGAUAGAUCGACAGGUGCAGAGAGAGAGAGAGAGAGAGAGAGAGAGAGAGAGAGAGAGGGUUGCUCAGCUUGAUUGGUAGGUGGAGAGAGAGGUUGAUGCGUGCAUGGUGAUGAGGGUGCGGGUUAUGGGGAUGAGCAGCAGCCGGGAGCUAGUGGUCUCGGCAGUCUUCACGGCGCUCCUCGUCGCCUCCAUCCUCCUCCUCCCGUCCCUCCUCCUCACGGGCGGCAGGCUGUCUCCCGGGUCCAAGAACUGGCCCUUCUUGGCUGCAUCCUCGGGCGGUGCUGCAGGCGCCGGCGAGGAGCAGUCCCCGCGGUACCCUGUCUCCUUCGCGUACCUCAUCUCGGCCUCCUCGGGCGACGCGUACCGCGCCGCACGGCUGCUGGCGGCGCUGUACCACCCGGCGAACAGCUACCUGCUGCACCUGGACCGGGAGGCCCCGGCCGAGGAGCACCGGCGGCUGGCGGAGCUGGUGUCCGGGCGCGGCGUGUACGCGCGGGCCGGGAACGUGUGGAUCGUCGGCAGGCCCAACCUGGUGACCUACCGCGGCGCCACGAUGCUGUCCACCACGCUGCACGCCGUGGCCGUGCUGCUCCGGCUGCGCCGCCGCUGGGACUGGUUCGUCAACCUCAGCGCCUCCGACUACCCCCUCGUCACCCAGGACGACUUGAUGGAGGCGUUCUCCGGUCUGCCCAGGGAUCUCAACUUCAUACAGCACACCAGCCACCUGGGCUGGAAGAUAAAGAAGCGGGCGCGGCCGGUGAUCCUGGACACGGCGCUGUACGAGGCCGGCGCGUCGGAGCUCAUCCGGCCGGCGAACGUCACCACCAACCUGAGGAGACUUCCCACGGCCUUCAAACUCUUCACAGGGUCGGCAUGGACAAUGCUGUCGCGCUCCUUCGCCGAGUACGUGACCAUGGGCUGGGACAACCUGCCCCGGACGCUGCUGCUCUACCACGCCAACAUCAUCUCCUCGCCGGAGUUCUACUUCCAGACGGUGGCCUGCAACUCGCGGCGGUUCCGCAACGCCACCGUGAACCACGACCUGCACUUCAUCAAGUGGGACAACCCGCCCAAGCAGCACCCGCUGUACUUGACCUCCAGGGACCUCCGGCGGAUGGUGCUGAGCGGGGCGCCCUUCGCCAGGAAGUUCAGGGAGGGCGACCCAGUCCUGGACCGGAUCGACCGGGAGAUCCUGCGGCGGCGAGAGCCGGGCCAGUUCAGCUACGGCGGGUGGUGCUCCGAAGGGGAGGUGGCGCUGUGCUCCAACCCGCAGGAGCCCAGCAGGAAGGUGUUGAUCAAGGCCGGCGCCGGGUCGAGGAGGCUCAAGGCGUUGCUGAGCAAGAUGCUGUCUGCAAGAAAUUUCAAGAAACAGCAGUGUAGGUGAGGGUAUAGUCUAAUUCUGAUCAAACAUGUCAUGUACAGAAAGAACAGACAUGAAGUCAAGGCAAUUUUGGUUGAGAGGAGUCUGAAAUAGAGAGACAGUGCAAUCUUACAGAAUAAGGAUUUAUACCAAUUAUGGGCUAAUCAGGUCAUUUAUAAUUAUGUUUGACAGAAUCAACAUUCAGCUUGUGUACUAAUCCCUCAUGUUAUAAAUACAUGUCGUUUUGGAUAA